CACUUUACCUAGGACGCGAGUUCUCUUUAACAUAAAACGACCAUAACCUAAGCCCAGCAAUUUUGGCUAUUCAUAGUCCAUCAAUACCUCGAAGUUCAUCCAUGGCCGCCGCAGCUGCUUCCAGUUUACCUGCUCUUUCACCCGUUCGUGAAAAGUCGUUUAAGCCCUUCUCUUUCCUCCAGAAAACCCUAGCAAAACCCUGCCUUUUCCCCUGUUCUGCAACUCGCAAAUCCAUCGUCACGGCGGCGUCGAAAAAUCCCAUCUCCGAUGUCGUCUCAAAUAACGGAAAUAGCGAUUAUUUCGCUUCUCAUUUCGACGACGAUGGCGAUAACGACCAUCUCCGCGAAGAGUGCGGCGUGGUGGGAAUCUACGGCGAUCCGGAAGCCUCGCGCCUCUGUUAUCUGGCCCUUCACGCGCUUCAACACCGUGGCCAGGAAGGCGCGGGCAUCGUGGCGGUUCACGACAACGUUCUCCAGCACUUUACCGGUGUUGGCCUGGUUUCCGACGUGUUUAGCGAGUCAAAACUCGAUAAACUUCCCGGCGAAUUGGCUAUCGGACAUGUAAGGUACUCUACAGCUGGCUCUUCCAUGCUUAAAAAUGUUCAACCUUUUGUUGCCAGUUAUAGGUUUGGGUCAGUUGGGGUUGCCCACAAUGGCAAUUUGGUAAAUUACCAAGCCCUGAGAGCUGAGCUUGAGGAAAGUGGGUCAAUUUUUAACACCAGCUCUGAUACAGAGGUAAUUCUUCACCUAAUUGCUAUAUCAAAGGCGAGGCCUUUUCUUCUUAGGAUUGUUGAGGCGUGUGAGAAGAUUAAGGGGGCUUAUUCUUUGGUAUUUGUGACUGAGGAUAAAUUGGUGGCUGUGAGAGAUCCUUAUGGUUUUAGGCCACUAGUGAUGGGUAGGAGGAGCAAUGGGGCUGUGGUGUUUGCCUCAGAGACUUGUGCUUUGGACUUGAUUGAGGCCACAUAUGAGAGGGAGGUUAAUCCUGGGGAAGUGGUGGUGGUGGAUAAGGAAGGGGUUCAAUCACUUUGCUUGAUGACUCAUCCUGAGCCUAAAGCUUGCAUCUUUGAGCAUAUUUACUUUGCUCUCCCAAAUUCAGUGGUUUUUGGCAGGUCUGUUUAUGAGUCCAGGAGUAAAUUUGGGGAAAUUCUUGCUACUGAAGCCCCUGUUGAGUGUGAUGUUGUGAUAGCUGUUCCUGAUUCUGGGGUUGUGGCUGCACUCGGUUAUGCUGCGAAAGCGGGGGUGCCCUUUCAACAAGGGUUGAUAAGGUCCCAUUAUGUGGGAAGGACGUUUAUCGAGCCUUCUCAAAAGAUUAGGGAUUUCGGGGUUAAGCUCAAGCUCUCGCCUGUAAGGGCUGUAUUGGAAGGGAAAAGGGUCGUGGUUGUGGACGAUUCGAUUGUAAGGGGAACUACUUCGUCCAAGAUUGUUAGGCUGCUAAAGGAGGCAGGUGCAAAGGAGGUGCAUAUGAGGAUUGCCAGCCCUCCCAUUAUAGCUUCUUGCUAUUAUGGAGUGGACACCCCCAGUGCAGAGGAGUUGAUUUCCAAUAGGAUGACUGUGGAAGAAAUUAGGGACUUCAUCGGAUCAGAUUCACUCGCUUUUCUGCCCAUUGAUAGCCUGAAGAACUUGUUAGGCAGCGAAUCUCCAAAUUUCUGCUAUGCUUGCUUUUCCGGGAAGUAUCCAGUACAGCCGAGGGGCAAGGUGAAAAGGGUGGGCGACUUUAUGGAUGAUGGAUUGAGUGGUAACAUGGGUUCCAUUGAUGGAGGAUGGCUACAAGGAACUAGAGUUCUGAAUGAGAAGGAAGAUGAAAAAGUCACAGUUGAGUUUUAGUUGUUGUCUUUGUAUUUGAGUAUUAGCAUUCCAUUCUGCUAAAUUUACUGAAUUUAGAAGGUUAGAAGAUAAGAUAUAAACUGCAGAUUGGAUACAAUUUUGGAUAUUACAUUCCCUUUUCAGUGUGUUUUUAAUGUGGUGGGUAUAAGUCCUUACUUUUCCAUUAGUGGAUCAAAAUUGAAUGAAUAUAUAUAUUCUUGUUAGCCUCAA